GAACGGAGCCUCGGCGGGCGGGCGGCCGGAGAGGAGCGGGGCGGUGGGCCGCGCCGGGUGGGCGGGCUGGGGCCGCGGCAGCUGCAGCCCUGAGCCAAGCCGAGCUGUCCGAGCGGGAGCUGCCCGGCCCGCGCUGCUGCUCGUGGCGGGGCGAGGAAAGGCAGCAGCAUGGCCAGCGUGCUGUCCCGGCGCCUUGGUAAGCGGUCCCUCCUGGGAGCCCGGGUGUUGGGGCCCCCUGGGGCAGCCCCAUCCUCGGAGCCUCAGACUGAGCUGCUGGAAGGGGCGGCUACCCAGCACUUCCUCGCCUCUAAGGACACUUCCUGCCGGGAGCAGCCCAAGGAGAUCCUCAAGGCUCCUGGCCCCUCGGGCCUCCAGCAGGUGGCCUUUCAACCUGGGCAGAAGGUUUAUGUGUGGUAUGGGGGUCAAGAGUGCACAGGACUAGUGGAGCAACAUAGUUGGGCAGAGGACAAGGUGACUGUCUGGCUUUUGGAUCAGAAGUUACAAAUCUGCUGUAAAGCGGAGGAGGUGUGGCUGGCUGAGCUGCAGGGCCCCAUUCCCCAGGCACCAGCCUAUAGGCCUGUCUCCAGGAACAUUGAUGUCCCAAAGAGGAAGUCGGAUGCAGUGGAAAUGGAUGAGAUGAUGGCGGCCAUGGUGCUGACGUCCCUGUCCUGCAGUCCAGUCGUGCAGAGCCCUCCUGGGGCUGAGGCCAACUUCUCUGUUUCCCGCGCGGCCUGUGAUCCUUGGAAGGAAAGCGGUGAUGUGUCGGACAGUGGCAGCAGCACCACCAGCGGGCACUGGAGCGCGAGCAGUGGCAUUUCUACGCCCUCGCCUCCCCACCCCCAGGCCAGCCCCAAGUAUUUGGGGGAUGCCUUUGGUUCUCCCCAAACUGAUAACGGAUUUGAGACCGAUCCGGAUGCUUUCCUGUUGGAUGAACCAGCUCCACGCAAAAGAAAGAACUCUGUGAAGGUGAUGUACAAGUGCCUGUGGCCAAACUGUGGCAAAGUUUUGCGCUCAAUUGUGGGCAUCAAACGACAUGUCAAAGCCCUCCACCUGGGAGACACUGUGGACUCCGACCAGUUCAAGCGGGAGGAGGAUUUCUACUACACAGAGGUGCAGAUGAAGGAGGAAGCUGCCGCUGGUGCCCCCACAGCUGACCCAGCCCCAACCCCCAGCAUGACCAGCCCGCCCCUUGCUCUCCUCCCACCACCUCCUCCCAAAACUCAGUCCUCAGGCCCAGAACACCCUGGCCUGGAGUCUUAUCUGCCCUCUGGUGCUCUCAGCAAGUCAGCUCCUGGCUCCUUCUGGCACAUUCAGGCCGACCAUGCAUACCAGGCUCUGCCAUCUUUCCAGAUUCCCGUGUCACCACACAUCUACACCAGUAUUAGCUGGGCUGCUGCCCCCUCCACGGCCUCCUCCCUCUCUCCGGUCCGGAGCAGGUCACUAAGCUUCAGCGAGCCCCAGCAGCCUCCACCUGCAAUGAAAUCCCACCUGAUUGUUACUUCUCCACCCCGGGCCCAGAGCAGCGCCAGGAAAGCCCGUGGGGAGGCUAAGAAGUGCCGCAAAGUGUAUGGCAUCGAGCACCGGGACCAGUGGUGCACGGCCUGCCGCUGGAAGAAGGCCUGCCAGCGCUUCCUGGACUGAACCCGCCCUGCCACCGGCUCAUCCUCCCUGCUCCCUGCCCCCACCGGCAGCCAGACCGCGAAAGACAGACGCGUCCCACGCCCUCUGCAGAAACCUGAACGAUAAAGAGUGGACAUUGGGAGUUUGGGUUCUAUUGGCUAAGGUUUAAUACGUAAAACAUUUCCCCCCUCCCUUUUGGGAACAUAUGAGUUUUUAAAAGAAGAAAGGAAAAUACUCCCCCCGUACCCCUAAAAUAGGAGAGAGCCGAAACUGACCAAGGGUAUUCUGCAGUGAACCAGAGACCAAAGAAUUAAUUACCCUCUCUUUCCCACGUCUCUGUCUAGGGGAUUAGUUUGCAUGUAUCAAAAGAAGGAACAGCUCAUUCUGUUUUCCUGCUGAGUUGGUGAAUUCUUUGCUUUCUCAAACUCUUCCAGAAGGGACUGUGAGCAAGAUGAAUUUACUUUUCUUAAAAAAAAAAAAAAAAAAAAAGAAAGAAAAAAAAGUUUCUGGCUGAUGACUCCGAGAGCAGGACCUGCUGUGGUUGGUGGGGGGAUAAUGGGGGUAUCUGUGCACUUUUUAAGGUGCAGCCAGCCCCUCUUCUCCACCCGAAUCCAGGAGAAGGGAGAGCCUGUCCUCACCGAGCAGCUUCUAUGGAAGUAAAAGGAAAACCCUUUCUUGAUGACAACUGUUUGAAUCUGGGUUCUCUCUGAAGUUGGGUUGCAUCCCAACAAGUAUUGUAUGGCUUCUUCUUAAAGCCCAGACUAAUAGGUUUUUAAAGACUGUCCCCAAAUAGCUGAGCCAAAAGGCUAUACGAAUUCACUUUUUGAAAUGUGGCAGUUAAACACUACCUUGAUCAUUCUUUCCUCUGUUCCUUGAGGAAACAUUGGAGGGUUUUAGUGUUCGUGAAAGCCCUCUGCUGUUACCUGAGUGAAUAAACUCCCUCUUGAUGUUCCUCCCUCCAGUUGUGGAGGUGACACCUUUAAAACACUUUGUUUUCUUUUCCCAGUGUAUUCAGAAGCCUUUUAUCUGAUUCAAGUUCCCUUUCAUUUGGGUGAGAGACCCCACCCCCACCCCUGUGCAGGUUCUUCUUUGUCUCUGGCUUUACCUGGGAUUUUCCUAUUCCCUCCGAAGGCUGCAGUUGGGGCUGGCGUGGGGGAUGGAGAGAAAAAUAAAAAAAGGAGAGAGAAAGGUAAGUGGCAGCUUGCCCCCAUGUUGGAGCAUGAGUUGGCAGGUUCCCAAUUUUUAGGUUGGGUCAGAGGGCCUGGGAGAAUGUGAUAGGACAGGACUCUGCCAUCAAUGCAGGAGGUCUCUGGAAUUUUAUCAGUGUUGGUCCAGUUCCUGAGAUGGGAGGGUCAAUUUGAUGUGGUGCGACCUUCUGGGAGGUAUCUGCUGAGCACCAUUUCUUGCCUGCAGGUGGGAGGGGGAAAGUUAACUCUGAAGAACUCUCUGGAGGAGGGGUUGGGUUAGCAGCUCCUAGUGCUUUAGCCCUCGUUUCUGGAGGCCUGAAGAACUGAGAGCAGCCUGGAUUGCAUUGCUUGGGAAGUAAAUAUGCAAAACUAUUCUUGUUGAUGAGGGAGAUGUGGACGGGGAGCUUGGGGCCCUGCCGAUCAGUGCUUAAUUAAACUGUUUCAUCCAUUUCUUGGAUGAAAGACAAGCUGAGACCUCAAGGGAGGGCAUGUUUUGUUUUGGGGCUCCCCUUUCUUUUAAGCCUGACUUGUUUGGGAGUUUGUCAGGCCGGCAUGAGCAUGGCCACUCGGUGCCCAACUGUCUGGGGUCCCAGUACUGCACUUAUAUCCCUGAAGUCGGGGGCUCGAGAAUCCCACCAGACCACCUAUCCUGGGGCUGGGCAGCAGUAUCCGUCCCCUGGCUGUAACCAGGCCAUCCUCUCUUACUCCCAGGUGGAGAUACUGGCCUACUGAGGAUCCUUUGGCCACUGCAUGUGGGACUUGUGCAGGUGCUUGUCAAUCUGUGACACACAGAGUAUUAGAAAACCUGCCAACCUUAGAAGCAUGGUGUUGUGAAGGGUGAUAGUGACCCGGGUUUGGUGAUGGAGGGAAAGACACUCAUUCAUAGGUGUCUUUGGUGGUAAUGGGGUAUAUUUUUAUAACUUAGUAAAAAAAAAUGUGGAAUCUGUCCCUAAAGCUAGAAACCAGGCCAGCAAGAGGUGGCCCAGUGUCCUUCUUCCUGUCUCUUCUGCCACCCUGAGAAUUAAAAGCUGAUGGCAGGUUGUGGAUUGUCCUGACUGCUCACUUCCCUCGUUCAUCUUCAGAUCUUCUUGGUGAGGGGAGGGAGCUUCUGAGACGUGAGGACUCUGCCCAGCAGCAUCCUCCCCUCUCUUAAUCAGGCUCUUGUUGAGUCUUGUCUUCAGAAAAGCUGUUUUCAUUUUCCCCCUCAGUUUGGACCGUGUCGAUAUAACUGGACAGCAAGACUUCCUCUAAGUGAGGUAGGCUUCUCAUGUCCUUGGUACACAGGGCAGAAAAGGAAGAGGAGAAACAAGAAAUGGAUGAAACAGUUUAAAAACUGAGGUGGCUUUUUUUUUUUUUAAUGUUUUAUUUUGGUGCAGCUUUCCCCUAUCUGUAUGUGCUCCUCUCUCCUUUUCCAUGGUGAUGGCCUCCUCUAGCCUCUGCCCUCUCGCUCCAUCUUGUGGCUGUUGUGUUCUUGACAUGUGGUCUGUCCUUGGGGUUGCCCCGUUUGUUCUUCUCAGAGGGUGGGGGUGGCUUGUGAACUGAUCAGCAAUUUUGCCUGUUCUCUACAUCUUUGUGUCUCUCCCUGCUUCCCAGCCCACCUGGGCAGCAGAAUCUGAUAGGUCAGGUGCCACAGGAGUGCAUUUGAAACUAACAGGACUGAUUUUUGAAAGAAGUGAUGUUGGGAAACCCAUUUAUUCCAGGGAUGUUGACCCUAUUCAAAGUAUUUCUUGGAAUUUACCUUUGGGGUCUGUGGUGCCUGCUUGAAAUAGCCUUAAUGAUACUAAAUCUGUACCUAUGCUCAUUCAGUGCAGAGUCUGGUGAAUGAUGUCUGUGGUCAAGUAAGAUCACAGGCGCAAAGCUCAUGGAUGGACCAGUGAGGAAAAUAGCUUGGAUUUAUGUGGUUCUUAAGCUGGCUGUGAAAGCAGGUUUGUAAUUUCAGAGAGCGUUUUGAGUGAUAGCCACAUUGUGAUUCUAAGCCUAUAGCUUGACUCCUUGGAGGACAUUAUUAAUUUGGAUGUGGAAACUCUGAUUUGUUUGAAGAAAUCUGUCCUGUUACUUUCUGGACCUCCCAGGUUCUGACUUUACCAGGGGCCAAAAAGAAAAAAAAAAAAGAAAGAAAAAAAAAAAAGAAAAGAAAAAAAAACAAAGGAAAAAAGGAGAGAGAGAAGAGGGAGAUAAAUCCCAUCUGUGAAUUUGUCUUAUUGGCGCCUUUUCCCCCAGCUGUCUUCCAAGUAUUAUUUUUACUGUUAAAAAUUUUUUUAAAAAAAUGUGAAAUGUAAUGUUUUUACAGCAACAAUAUGAAAUAUAUUUUAUAAGGAAUAAAAUGGUACAUUGUCUGA